AUGUCGUACGCUGCCAACCAAGUGACGAUCACCCAAGCCAAGGCCCAGAAGGACAUUCCCGCGUCGAUCAUCAAGAACCGUAAUGAUCUCACCACCAUGUUGCUCCUCAAGUCCGAUAACGUCAAGGUGUACAACCUCAACGUCGCCAACACGGCCGGUAACGUCGGCCAGGCAAUCGCCGCCAAGGCCGAUGGGGCCAACAUGGGCUUUUACGCGUGCAAGUUCCUGGGAUACCAGGACACGCUGUACGCCAACAAGGGCCCGAACCUUUACGCCAAGUCGUACAUCAGCGGCGCCGUCGACUUUGUUUUUGGCCAGUAUGCCAAGGCGUGGUUUGAGUCGUGUGAUAUUGUGUCGGUCGGCAAGGGCUGCAUCGCUGCUAACGGCCGUGACUCGCCUGCGAACCCAUCUGAAUUCGUCUUCAACAACGCGCGUGUGUCUGGCACUGGUGGUGCUGGAACGGCCUACCUGGGCCGCCCCUGGAAGCCCUACUCGCGUGUGAUCUGGCAGAACAGUGGCUUCAGCAAAGUGAUCAACCCCGAGGGCUGGCAGAAGUGGAACGGUGACAACAACGUUCCCAAUGUUUACUUCAAGGAGUACAAUAACCGCGGCGCUGGCGCUAUCACGACCAAGCGUGUGGGUUUCAGUGGAAGGCUGACGAAGCAUGUGCCUAUCACGGAAAUCCUCGGAGCGAACUACAAGACCCAGUGGUGGGUUGACACCAGGUACCUGUAG